AUGGCCCAUAAUACAAUUGGUAAAAUUAUCUACGAGACUUGUAAUGCUAUUUGGGAGGUUUUUUCUAGCAUUCAUAUGCCGUUCCCAAGCACUGAAUUAUUUGAACAAAUUGCCUAUGAUUUUGAGAAACUAUGGAAAUUCCCGAACUGUAUUGGAUGUAUUGACUCAAAACAUAUUCGUAUAAAAUGCCCAAAUAACUCUGGUUCGAUGUUUUAUAAUUACAAAGGUUACUUUUCUGUUCACUUACAAGGAGUCUGUGAUGCCAAAUAUAAAUUUAUAUCGGUUGAUAUAGGAGCAUACGGACGACAGAGCGAUAGUGGAAUAUUUACCGAAUCAAAUAUUUUUAAAAAUUUGGAAGCUAAAUCCUUCAAUGUACCUAAUUAG